CGUGCACAUGAGCUGACUGACGGCGAGGGACGGACCAUGACCUCUUUUUCCUCUCGUUCUUCUGCUGAUAUCUUGCUGACUGUUCCGUGUGCCUUGUGCGGCUCCGAGGUCUCGUGUGCGCGUGAAGGUUCAUGCGUGUGCGAUGCGUCGGUGCUGUCCGGGAGAACAUAGAACAAUCAGCCAAGUGACGUGGAACACAUGGACGUGUCCUUGUGCAUUCUGAUUAUGCUGAUUGUGCUGUCUGUCGUGCUUGGCCAUCGCCCUCAGCGAAUUUACGUCUGAACACGGUGCGCAGGAGGGGAUGUUCUUCUUGGCUUUCCUGUUCACGUUGGGACUCCUGGGGGUGGAGGGUGACAAGGCCAUCACCCCCGCAGAGACUGCAGCGUCAAGCCGCGUGCACCUCUCUCCUGCAGAAGAUGCGACGACCAGGCUGCGUGAGGUCGCCCAACGGCUAAAAGAGCUGCUGGGCGACACAGGGAGCGGCAGUGUCGGCACAAAUCACAUCGACGCUGCUGAUGCCGACGGCAUGACGAGAGAUGACGGGGCCUCACGCGAGCAAGGCGAUUGUCCCAGUGAGCAUGAUGAGCCAGAGCAGAUCAGAGCAUCUUCGAGUGGCCUCUGGUGAUGCUGUCUUUGUGCAUGUGGUUGGGCUGUCUGCAGCGAACUACAAUCGGGUCAUUGGACCCAGCACGACAGCUGAACUCGACGUGACAUCGGACAGCCUCCUGUGGGGCGAGCCGGGACCGGAGGCGGCUGCCUUUCUGAUCUUUGUCCUCGAUUCAGCAACAGGAGAUGCGACCCUACGGGUGACCGACCGCACAACCAGGUACGCACGUACAGCAGAGGGCAGGGGGCGGCGAUAACCACCGUCACACUCGCUCGAUGGCGCUUUGCGUGCGUCUAUUGUUCAUGUGUGCAGUGAGUUUGCGGAGAGCGCGACCAGCGGCCAAGAAGUGGUGAGGGUUGAGACGGCAGGCAUCCCGGGGUCACCGGGCGUACAAUGGACGGUGGGGUGGGUCUGACACGGGGCCGCAUGGGCCCAGCAUGAAGCUACGUUGCUGUGUGUCUUUCGAUGUUCUCAGGUCACGUGCUCGAGUGGUGCGCCCGAUUGUGAGUGGGUACGCAGGCCGGCAGUCAGAGUGAAUCACACAGGCGAAGACUGACAGCCGUGGCUGAACACUUUUCUCUCUUCGCUCGGUGUGUGUGUAUGUGUGUGUGUGUAAAGACAUUGUCUGUCUACGAGCACACAGGUGAGUGUGUCCUCCCUGCGGGUGCGGACAUCGACGGCGUCGGGGUAACUAUCGAUGAUGACGUGGUGACCCUUACAGUACCGUAGCGUAGGCCGGCAAGAAAUUGCUGCUUUUUGUGUCGGUCUCUCCCCGCCUUGUACGUGUACUCGCCAUUUUUCACUCACUAGAUCACCUCUGCGUUUUGUGUCCGCCUGUCUGUACAGCUGUGUUUGUUUGUCUGUCCUCGACUCUCAGAGCUGCAUGACUUACGUGUGUCCUGCCUGCCCGGAUAGAGACCGUAGGGAUGAGAUGGAUGCGAAAAGGAGGAUGGUGUGUGGUGUGUGUCUGCCCAUCGGCCUGCCAUGGAAAGACGCACAUGUGCACCCCAGACCCAUCUGCACCUCGCCUUUGGUACGUAUAUGUCUGUUUGAG